AUGCAGGAGAUGUAUGCUCUUCGUCACAAAAAGCACAAGAGUAACACUGGAAGUAAUCAUGGUGCAAACUCCGGAAGCAAUCCUCAAGGUGUUGAAUCCAAUACAAAUCAGUCCAGAAGGGUUGGGGCUGAUGGUGGCAACUCUGAUAGGAGCAGUCCAAAUGGUGUUCAGUCCAGCAGAAAUAAUAACACAAGGGUUAGAGCUGAUUGUGGCUCCUCUGAAAGGAGCAGUCUAGAUGGUGUUCAGUCCAAUAGAAAUCAGUCCAGAAGGAUUGCAGGUGAUGGUGGGAACUUUCGAAGGAGUAGUCCUGCUGGUGUUAACUCUGAAAGAAGUGCUAAUGUUGGUGACUCCCAACAGAAUGGUAGUGGUGAUGGUGCCCAACUUAAUGGUGGUAGUGAAGGUGGUGACUCCCAACUAAAUGUGAAUCCUUCGAAAAGGGGAAGAGGGAAGUUGACCAGAACAGAAUUGAAAAUGGUUCUGCGCAGUGGAAGGGUUCAGCUAGAACCUGUUGGUCAUUGUCAAUUCAGUUAUGUUGGUUACACACCAAGAGGCUACAAGUACCCAUCACAAGUAGGAGCUAUUCUAAAACGGGAGUACCCAGGUAUUAUCACGGUGUAUGAUGAUGAUGGCACAAUUAUUAAACAACAGCCAACAAUGUCAUGGAAUGAUUAUUAUUGGAAAAAGAAUGAACAUGAUGUCUGCUAUGCUCAGAGAGUAAAGCAGGUGAUCUGGAGUUUGUUUACAGUUCAUCCCAACCAUAGGAGAGUUGCUGAGAAAAAUCUAGAGAACUAUCUUGUGAGAAGGGAAUAUACUUUUGGGCCUGGGCAUCAGAGUGGCACUAUAAACACAUUUUCUGUAAUGAAAUCCGGAAUUAAGAAUGCGGAUAGCACUGGAAGGAGUGGUCCAAUCCCUAGCCAAAAAGCACAGAAACGUUUGGAUGACUACAAAGCACUAGCUCCAGAUGAGAAUUCAAAAGUACUUGAUGGGAAAGCAUUGUACACCAUGGCACGUGGAAUGCCCCAUGGCCGUGUUCUAAUAGGCGAUGGUGCCGUGGAUAAGGCAUGUGUUCUAGUACAUGCCAAAUCAGCAUCAGUUAUGCCACCCAAUCAUGAUAAGUAUCGAAGUGUGAUCGCUGAAAAUGAGCGAUUGAAAGAAACUAAUGGCCUACUCAUUGAGGAAAAUGGUGUCCAUCGUGACCUUGUCAUGAGAAUUUAUGCGGAUUUCAAAAAAGAACCACCUGCUGAUCUGCUGCAGCGCCUAGCAAACAUUGAUGCCCGCCGCAACCAGACUACAAGUUUAUCACUUGGAGGCUCUGAAUCUGUUGAUAAUGGUUGGUACAACUACAACUACAAUGAUGAUUACACUGUUGAUGGCGCUGAUGAGGAGGAUUACACUGAUGAGGAUAGCACUGAUGAUGAAGCUGAUGAGGACAUGUCAGGUGAUGAUGGCAUGUACGAGGAAGAUGAUCAUGAUGACAUUUAUGAUGAAGCCAAUAAUCUACAGAAUGCUGACUAG